ACUAAUAAACCACUCAGUUUUUCAUCAUAUUUUCCACUCUUCAAAACGCAAAAGAAGAAGCUAAGUGUACGUUUUGCACAUCAAAUGGCAACAGAAUUGGAAAUUACUGAGCUAAGAUUGGGUCUUCCAGGGGGAAUAUUGGAGAAAAAGGAGAAGAAAAGGGUGUAUUCGGAAAUUACUACUAGUGACCGGAACAGCAGCAACAACGUUAAUGUUAACGUUAACGUUGUUGAUGGUGGUGAGGCUAAUAAUUACAAGUGUCAGAACAAGAAUGAAGUUGUAGGGUGGCCGCCGGUGUGUGCUUACCGGAAAAAGAGCAGCUUUAACGGACGUGACGGCAGAUCGAAUAAAAUGUACGUUAAAGUUAGAAUGGAUGGUGCACCAUUUCUGAGGAAAGUUGAUUUGAGCACUCAUAAGGGUUAUGAUGAACUUGUUAUGGCUCUUGAGAAGCUCUUUGAUUGCUAUGGAAUUGGAGAAGCAUUGGAGGAUGCGGACAAGUUAGAGUUCGUUCCGAUCUAUGAAGACAAAGAUGGUGAUUGGAUGCUUGUCGGCGAUGUUCCAUGGCAAAUGUUCAGUGAAUCAUGCAAAAGACUAAGGAUUAUGAAGAGAUCAGAGGCAAAAGUGAUAGGCCUUGGAGCAAGGGACUUUCUUAAGGGAAUGUCUCAAGAGAAAUAGAGUGGUACAAGCUAUAUUAAAAUAAUUAAUUGUAAUUGUAAUUGUAAUAUUAGGUGUGUUAAGACACCCUAGACUUAAUCAAUUUCUGAUUUGAUUUCAUCUUAA